AUGGAAAGACAGAUGUUGGUAGAAAAAGUCAACAACAACGGCAAAAGGCAUAACAACGUUGCAACCGGCAAAAGUUCAAACAUAUGCACUGCACAGGCAGACAUACGAACCUCCAAUGCAAAUAUAAAGAAAACGUUUUUCACCAACUCAGAUAAAGAUGACACCAGCCCAUCAAACAGAGGCCCUCCACAAAUCCUUGAAUACAGAUACAGAUACAAAUACGGAUACAGAUACGAAUACACAUACAGAUACGAAUACACAUACAUAUACGAAUACACAUACAGAUACAGAUACGAAUACACAUACAGAUGCGAAUACACAUACAGAUACAGAUGUAGACACAGAGACAAGCCCGUUGGAGGCACAAACUUAUAA